AGGACAAAACUGACCUUGAGAACAGUGUGAUGCAGAAGAAAAUUAAAAUCCCCAAACUCUCUCUCAAUCACAUAGAAGAAGCUGGGGAGGUUACAGAUUAUGGGGAAGAAGAUGUGGAGCUUAGACACAGUAAGAGACAAGAUGGGAGGAAACAAAGUGAAGGUACACACAAAAGCAUUGAAGCAGUUGUUGCGCGCCUUGAAAAACAGAAUGGGAUGAGUCUCAGUAAUACUUCCAGUCCUGAAGAGGCUUUUAUGGAGACAACGGAAGGCAUGAACAACAUGGACGAUGCUGUAGUUCCUCGGAUUCUGUAUGAAGAAUUGCUGAGGAGUUACCAACAGCAGCAAGAAGAAAUGAGGCACAUUCAACAGGAGCUCGAGAGGACGCGGCGACAGCUUGUGCAACAGGCGAAGAAACUAAAGGAGUAUGGGGCACUCGUGUCAGAAAUGAAAGAGCUCAGAGACUUGAACAGGAGACUCCAGGAUGUACUGCUGCUAAGACUAGGUAGUGGACCUGCCAUUGAGCUUGAAAAAGUAAAACCAGAACCAAUUGAGCCUGAACCUGAGGUACAGAAGACCUUCAGUGAGGAAGCAAAUACAUCAACGUACUAUCCUGCCCCUGUUCCAGUAAUGGACAAGUAUAUUCUCGAGAAUGGAAAGGUCCAUCUUGGCAGUGGAAUUUGGGUAGAUGAGGAGAAAUGGCACCAGCUGCAAGUAACACAAGGAGAUUCAAAGUACACAAAAAAUCUAGCGGUUAUGAUUUGGGGAACAGAUGUUCUCAAGAACAGAAGUGUCACAGGAGUUGCAACCAAAAAAAAGAAAGAUGCCGUUCCCAAGCCACCUCUCUCACCUCACAAAUUAAGCAUUGUCAGAGAAUGUUUGUAUGAUAGAAUAGCACAAGAAACUGUGGAUGAAACUGAAAUUGCACAGAGACUCUCCAAAGUCAACAAGUACAUCUGUGAAAAAAUCAUGGAUAUCAAUAAAUCAUGUAAAAAUGAAGAAAGGAGGGAAAGUGCAAAGUACAAUUUGCAAUAA